AGUUGCGAUGCCGUUAAACAGCCAGUCAAUCUCAAAAUAUCUAAACAUUUGCCACACAAAAUGGAUACGAAACUAAUCACAGACAUUGCACCAUUCCCCGGUGACUUUCGUGUCGUCCAUCUCUGGCAUAACUCUACUUUGCAAAUGGAUCCAAUUUUACCAUACUAUGAACCACGCGUCUCUAUCGGCCUUUGCCUGCCAACCGCAUGCACACUUUCCGAGAUAGCCCAACUAAUCGACAUUUAUGUAGAGGAUGAAAUAUUUUUAGAGAGUGAUAUUUUUAUUUGCGGCUACGUGUAGACAGCGUUAAGGAUCUUAAAAUGCGUCCGGGAUCUUUAGCGCGUCCUUCGUUCAUCAUUUUAUCUGUUUGCUUGUUCUUGACGCUGCUACUGACAGUCGUGGCUUUAUCGCGGCGCAUGAGGAGAAAUAAUGAAACUGCUGGUAUGGUGGCUGACGGUGAUCGAAAGAAGAAGAAUAGUGCGGGUGUUGCGGUGGCGAAGCCUAAACCGAGUGCAGAACCUAUGACUGGCAAAGGAUAUUUGGAUUGUUUUGAUGUGCUAAACAAUUUCGAACUGCUAUUUCCAGCUGGUGAAGAUGGUGUAAUAGAUGGAAAUGUUGUAUUUCCUGGAGUGAAUGGCUUGCGUUGGUAUGGUGCAAUGUGUGUGAUUCUAUAUCACCAGCUUUGGGUUACCUUUAUGGUGACGAGCAAUAAGUCGGGACAAUUCAAAUUCACCAAUGAUUUGGGAAAUUUUGAGGUCUUCGUGGAUUUAUUCUUCACAAUAAGUGGCUUCCUGCAGACAUAUCAUUUCUUCCGGAACAGCAGUACAAUGGAGAAAAUACGCAAAUCUGACUUAUGGAAGUGUGUGAAGUUAAUAUUCAUGUACCUCGCGCAUCGCUUGAUAAGGCUUCAUACACGCCCAAUGAAUCAUUGCUUAGCGAAUUGUGUUAAAGCAUUAAUGGCUGUCUGA